AUGCCCUCCCUCAAGGCCCGGCUCAUCAACUACUACAUCUGGUGGCAGUUCAAGCCAACCUGGAGCUCCGCAGAGGGCAUCAACAACCGCAUCGCUAAGAGUCGCUUGAACCCCAGCUUCCAGCCGCCCAAGAAGCUCUACAAUGACUUCUCCAUUGAGGAAGCAGAGCGCUCGGGAUAUGUCGUCUAUACCCUGACUCACAAGUCGGAUACUCCCAAGGCUGCACGCAUCCUCUACCUCCAUGGCGGUGGUUUCGUCUUUGAUAUCACCCCGCAGCACUGGGAACUGGUUGCUCAGCUGGCGCGUCGGCUGAAUGCUGUUGUCACCGUGCCCAUCUACCCCUUGGGCCCUGAGACUAGACUCAUGAAGAUGUAUGAGCUUGUGCAGCCUCUUCACGAUGAGCUCGCCGGGGCUGACGACCCAACGCCCUUCUGGAUGGUUGGCGACUCUGCUGGAGGAACCAUGACCCUCGUCCUCACACAGAGAGCUCGUCUGGCUGGGAACCCAACAGCCAAGCUCCUCGUGCCCAUCACGCCCUGCACGGAUUCAACGCUCCUCAACCCGGACAUGCACGCAGCCUCGCUCACGGACCCGUGGCUGGGUGUGGAGGGCAUCGCCGAGAUCACGCAGCUCAUCUGCCCCGAGAUGGACACCAAGCACCCGUGUGUGAGCCCCAUCUACGGCGAUCUGGCUCUCCCACCUAUGCUGGUUUUUGCGGCCGACCUGGAUCUCCUGACGCCCGACACCAAGUUGAUGGUCAACAAAGCGAGGGAGCAGGGCACCGAGGUGGAGUUGGUGGUCGGCGAGGGCAUGGUGCAUGUGUGGCCGCUGCUCCCCAUCUGGGAGGCGCAGCAGGCUGUGGACAAGAUGAUUGAGUGGCUGGGUCAGGAGAGGAAGUGA